AUGUGAUCACUCUUGACCAUGCUUACCAUGGUCACCUAUCAUCUUUAAUUGAGAUCAGUCCAUAUAAAUUUCAAAAGGGCAAAGAUGUCAAGAAAGAAUUUGUGCAUGUGGCACCAGCUCCAGAUACUUAUAGAGGAAAAUACAGAGAAGACCAUGAAGACCCAGCCAGUGCUUAUGCAGAUGAAGUGAAGAAAAUUAUUGACGAAGCUCAUAACAGCGGAAGGAAGAUUGCUGCCUUUAUUGCUGAAUCCAUGCAGAGUUGUGGCAGACAAAUAAUUCCUCCAGCAGGCUACUUCCAGAAAGUGGCAGAAUAUGUCGUGAAGGACCAUCAGCAAAGGACCCCCGCCACAGCAGAAGCUCAGCACGUCAUCUACAAGAUGAAAGAAAAGCGAGUGCUUCUCAGUGCCGAUGGACCUCAUAGAAACGUGCUUAAAAUAAAACCACCUAUGUGCUUCACUGAGGAAGAUGCCAAGUUUAUGGUGGAACAGCUUGAUGGUAUUCUAACAGGUUUAGAAGAAGCCAUUGGAGCUGAAACUGAGAGUGUGAUCUCUAAGAAUACUCCUUGCAAAACCAAGAUGCCCAAGGAAGCACGGUAA